AUCAAAGCAAGUGUCUAUGUAGCCUAUACACUAUGUUAGUAGAAAAACGGGGCUGGACAUAUUUUACCCUACUGUUGUUAAAAAUUCUUGGAUUGAUUUUCAAUGUUGUACCGGUGUUGUGUGAUCAUUUCAGAGGAGGAACUAUCAGCUGGAGCGCUAAAGAUGCCAACACGCCUGUUAAUUUCCGUUUCCGACUGGCGUUUGGUAUAGGAAAGGGUCCCGGAUGCGACAAAGGCCUGCUUGGUAAACCUGUCACCAAACUGCCUAACGACUUCUGGGAAUGUUCCUCAGGGUGUGCGUCCAUUGGAAACAUUACGGACGUCAACUAUGUAUGUAGUUCAUUUGACAUGCUUGAAGCAUGGGAGCAAGGCCAGGAUAACUUUCAACACACAUUUCCAACCAAAGGCCAUUUCAAAGUCUCUUACACUGGACGGACAUGGUUGAACGUGAACUAUGGACAAUCAGGAGAUUUCCACCUACAGACCAGCGGGGACCUGAGAACACGGAGUGACACUGGUCAGCCCAACUCGAGUCCACUGACAGCUACUAUGCCAGUCUAUCAGGUGCCUUUUGGAUGUAAAAGUACAAUAGAUAUACCAAUUGUAGACCCGGAUGAUGACGUCACGGUUUGCCGAUGGGCGAUUGGUGAAGAAUGUGGUACUGAUUGUCUGGGUUUACCACAAGCUUCCUUGUUACAGUCACCAUGUCGUAUAAAACUGGAACCUAACAUAACAUCCGGGUUUGUGGAGGACGGUUGGUAUAAGGUGCUGUUGACGGUGGAGGACUUACCAAGAACCGACAUCUUUCUGGAUAACACUCUUACAACACGUGCACAUGUUCUCAGUACCGUACCUUUACAGUUUGUUGUACACACGAUGAAGCGAACAACACCUGUUUGUAACAACUCUCCGUCCAUUCUAUCACCGACACCAAGUCACGGAACAACCUUCCUCGUACCCUCCAACGACACGCUGACCCUGUCCCUAUAUGCAGGCAGCGCGAAACCAUCUAUCGGGAUAAAAGAGUUCAUCAUUUCUACACCCUAUGGCGUUACUCUAUCACCUUUGGUACUGGCCGCAAAUCGAACAAAUGUGUGGUACUCCGAGUUGUCAUGGAAACCAGAAAAAAGUCAAUUUGGAGAGAACAUAUUUUGUUUCCAAGCAGUUGAUACAAACAACAUGUCGAGUGUCCAGCGCUGCCUGAUUUUCAUUGCUGAAGCUGUCCAUCCGUGUGACAGUGGGCCGUGCCUUAACCAUGGAACAUGCUCCCUGUAUCAAGAUACGUAUACAUGUAGCUGUCCUGCUGGAUUCACGGGGAAAACAUGUGACACAGAUAUAGACGAAUGUGCCAGCAUCCCAUGUGCUAAUGGCGGUACCUGUUGGAAUCGUAUUGCGGAUUUUGUUUGCUUUUGUCCGCCUGGCUUCACUGGAAAGCAGUGUCAAGAUAUCGACACUUGCGCGGUCAAUCCAUGUCAGAACUUUGGCACGUGCGUAUCCUCUCCUGCUGGCUACAAAUGCACGUGCUUGAGUGGAUACGCGGGAAACGAAUGUCAACAUGAACAAGAUGAGUGCAGUUCCACCCCUUGUCACAACGGAGGCACGUGUGAGGAUAUGGUGGGAGGAUACAUUUGUCGUUGUCCCAUCAAAUACACUGGCAACACAUGCCAAACAGAAAUUGACUACUGCAACCCCAAUCCUUGUGAAAACGGAGGCACAUGCACUGGAUAUAGUAACAGCUAUUCCUGUGAUUGUCCGGGAAGUUAUCUUGGACUCAACUGUGAGAAAGUUCAAGAUAAGGGAUGUAGCUCUCCAGAAGAUUCGUACUGUAUGUGUAACGUGGACGGGAAACCAGUUAAAGUUCCAGUCCGGGUCCCUGAGGCUCUCACUGUAGGACUGGACAAGGAGGAUUUGAUAGCUGGAUUAAUAGGCUUUCCUAUUGGUGCUGCUGUCGGGGCGAUCAUGGCGGCAUUAUGGCACUAUCUCAUCAGACCAAAGUGUACUCCAGGCCAAACCAGACGAGGGUUUCCUCGAAAGCCUGUACAGCGCCCAGGGUCCUCAAUGUCAACUAAAAGUCUCAUUGGUCGGAUCUCACCAGUGUCACCGAGUGAUGUCAGCGCGUCCGUCCUCACACCACAUCCUCUAAAUGUAUACAGAGCUGGAUUUAAAGAUCCUACUUCUCACAAGACAGGUGAACGGCUUAGUGAGGACAGCUAUUUGGAUGGUACUAGGGACUGGUAAACUGGAUAUCGAGCAUAUCUCACCAGUUUAUGUAUUGAACUUGUUUCUGUUGAAUUCCGAAAUCUAAAUUGGAGAAACUAAUAACUGAUAUCUAAUCUUUUCGUAGAUUGUAAUAAUAUAUCGACACCAGGCCUCUCUAGGUUUGAAGGAAAAGUACUAAUGUUGGGGUUUGACGUGCUAAUGUCAUGUUGGGGUUGGACAUAUUGUAAAUGAUACACCCAUGGAAGAAUACACCAAUUAUGUCUUAUGUCAUGUUCGGGAAGUAUUUUGUCAAGAUUAUACCUUUAAUGCGCUUUCGAUGUUUCUUCCAAUUAAUAAUAAUAAUAAAAAAUAUAAUAAUAAAGUAAAAAAAAAAAUAAAAAUAAAUAAAUAAAUAAAUAAAUAAGACGUGUAUGUUCAAUUACAUUUAUUAAUAGUAUAACAACAGUUAGAUUGAAUUGUAAACGCAACAAUAUAGUACGAUAUGUAAACAACCAAUAAAUAAUACAAUAGCAUAAAUACAAAGGCUUCAAUCAAAUAUUAAAAUAAAUGUCAUUAAUAGGGACUUUUUUAUAUUUGUUCAUUUAUUGCACACAAAUAUUACAUUCUUUGACUCGUUUAUAUCACCUAUACAAUACACAUGCAUACACACACAUUAU